AUGGGUAGGGGCGUGGUAGAGUCGUUAUCGGAGACGUUCCACACUAGCAGCGGGUUCAUUGACGUGUCGGAGCGGUACCGGUACGGCGAGAUCCGUCUAACCCGCUUGGACUUCUACGCGCGCCUCCUGGUCGGCCUCCACACCCGGUACCAGUCCCUCGAGCCGCAGUACUCGGACUACUUUGCGCGCAUUUACGGCCCGAUCCUGUUCUGCAUCGGCAUCCUGUCGCUGGUGCUGAGCAGCCUGUAUUAGGGAUCUUCACUGUCACGGCCAGUAGGGCCCUCGUAAAAAGUAGGAGGCACGCGGCUCUCGGAAACCCGCAGCCCUUAUCUAGAUAAGGGCGAGCCCCACCAAGUGGGCCCCCACACGGAAUUGGGCAUAUCCCAAUUCUGUGCAGGCCGGGCCCUCCGGGCCUCCCUCUCUUCAACAACUAAUCUACUUUACUGCUCACGUUUACUUUGCCUGCCCUGGCAGCUCUGAUAUAGAGAAUCAUAUCCGCAGCUUGACUUUAUCGUCUCUGGCGUGGU